CCACAUGCAAUCAAGAUGGAAGUCAAAAAGGAAGCAUCUCAUAUAAUUCUUCAGACAAAUAAUUGUCUUGCUGAAGAUUCACAUACAAUCAAGACGGAAGUCAAAAAGGAAACAUCUCAUUUAACUCGUCAAUCAAAUAAUUGUCUAAUUGAAGAGCCACAUGCAAUCAAGAUGGAAGUCAAAAAGGAAGCAUCUCAUAUAAUUCUUCAGACAAAUAAUUAUCUUGUUGAAGAUUCACAUACAAUCAAGACGGAAGUCAAAAUGGAAACAUCUCAUUUAACUCGUCAAUCAAAUAAUUGUCUUAUUGAAGGUGAUGAAAAGUGGAAGUUAAAUGAAGCUGAUUGCAAAAGAAAAUAUCCUAUAUCAACACAAAAUUCUACAGAGAUUACUGAUGCAUACAAUCCUCCUGUUGUAAAUAGUGUUAACAUUAUACAGCAAAUAGAGUACAGAUGCAGUGAAUGUGGAAAAGAUUUUGAUAAAAAGAAAAUGUUUUUUAAUCAUAUAAGAAUUCACAGAGGAGAGAAACCAUAUAUGUGCUCUGUGUGUGGAAGGGGUUUUAAUUGUAAAUGUUAUCUCACUAUACAUGAAAGGCAACAUAAUGGAGAAAGGCCUUUUCAUUGUAUUGACUGUGGAAAAUGUUUUGUUAGUCAUUCAACACUUCUUAGCCACCGUAAAAGACACUUAGAAGAUAAGCCGUUUGCUUGUACUCAUUGCGAGAAACAAUUUAUCUACAAAUCAGCACUUGUUACACACUUGCGUGUACAUACAGGAGAGAAACCAUUUCCUUGUUCUCAGUGUGAUAAAUCUUUCCGGCACAAACCUGGACUUGUUACACACUUAAGGACACACACAGGGGAGAAACCCUAUAAAUGUUCUGAAUGUGGGAAAUCAUUUAGUCAAGGGUCGUCACUUAUCAUGCACAAAAGAAUACAUACAGGAGAGAAACCACAUAUUUGUGGUAAAUGUGGAAAGGCUUAUAUUAGCCACUCAUCUCUUACUAGUCAUCAGAAAAGACAUAAUCGUUAGACUAUUAAUACAAAAAAGAAGCUUACAGUUUGUUAUAGACAAAGACAUAAAAAAAUUCCAUUGUAUAAAAAAUACCAAAAAGUUUUCUUUAAAACUUUGUUAAAUACACAAGGAAAAACAGCUGCUGGAGACAGCACACUCCAAUGGUCUCCUCUUUUUACACAUUUUGCACCAAAUAUGAGCAGGGAUUUGUUUGUUGAAAACAAGUGUGGUUUGUUUCAAAUAUUCUUUUAGAUUCACUGACAAAGUCACUAAGGGUAGGGGUAAUAGUUUGCUUGUCUGUUGUUAAAUUUUUUUAGUAAACAAUCACUACACAUGGGUUGAUAUAUUUUGCAUGGGAUGAUCCAGAAAGAAUCUUGAGAGAUGUAAGAA